GUCACACAAUUUUUUCAAACAGCUGACGGUAUAUAAAAUAUAAAGGCAUUUUUUUGUAAUAUUUGAUUUCCAAAUUCAUUUUGGACAAGCCACCGCAUUGUCACUGAAAAUGGGCAAACGACGCAGCCGGGAGCGGGACCAGGAGCCGCACUCCUCCAGCGGCGACGAGGCGGACACCAAACAGAGCGAACGCAACUCAUCGAAGCCGAAGAAAGCCAAGCGAAUGGCGGGCCGCGAUUCGUCCAGUUCGUCGGAAUCCUCCUCCUCUGCAAGCAGGAACUCCAAUCACAGCAGCAAUCUCUCGCCCGGCAGAAAGCAGUCCAAGACCGGCCGUAAAGCGCGCGACUCGCCGCCGGAGGCCCUGGAAAAGCGCUCCAAACAGCCGCCGGCAAAGCCCGCCGAGGAGCUGCAAGAGCAGCGCUCCAAGUGGGACAGUCCCGAGCACAGCGGCUCCCAUCGCAACAGCACCAGGCAGCAGCGCCGGCACAGUCGCAGCCGUUCCAGGGAUCGCGGCGAGCGGGAAAGGGACAGGGACAGGGAACGCGGCGAGCGGGACAGGGACAGGGAGCGGAAUCGUGAUCGCGAUAGGGAGCGGGAGCGGGAGCGGGAGCGAGACAAUCACAUGCAGCGCGGCGGACGGGAAAGGGAGAGGGAGAGGGAGAGGGAAGGGGAGCGCAGCAAGGAGCGCCGAGGACAGCGAUCACCAGCGCAGCGACAGCGGUCUAGGAGCAACGAGCGCAGGGAUCGGGAGCGGGAACGCCAGCGGAGAUCGCCAGAAAGGAGGCCAGUUCGUCGCAGUCAAAGUCCCCGCGAUCGCAACCAUCGCGGUGGGCGCGACUUUGGCCAAGGACGGCAGCGAAACCAGCGACGCGACAAUCGCAACAGGAACGAGGACGAGCAGUUCGAGUGGGGAAAGCAGGGCGACGACAAGGCGCCGCCCGAGGACGAGGAGCCGGUGGAGAAGGAGAAGCCCAAUUUCGGGCUAAGCGGCGCCCUCACCGAGGACACCAACAAGGUGAACGGUGUGGUGGUCAAAUACUCAGAGCCGCCGGAGGCACGCAAACCCAAGCGCCGCUGGCGAUUGUAUCCGUUCAAGGGCGAAACGGCGCUGCCCACGCUGCACAUCCAUCGGCAGAGCUGCUUCCUGGUGGGACGCGAUCGCAAGGUGGUCGACCUGGCCGUGGAUCAUCCCAGUUGCUCCAAACAGCAUGCGGCCCUGCAGUACCGACUGGUGCCCUUCGAGCGGGACGACGGCAGUCACGGCAAACGCGUCCGAUUGUAUCUAAUCGAUCUGGAGUCGGCCAACGGCACGUUCCUCAACAACAAGAAGAUCGAUGGCAGGAAGUACUACGAGCUGAUGGAGAAGGACGUGAUCAAGUUCGGCUUCAGUUCGCGCGAGUAUGUCCUCCUGCACGAGAACAGCAAGGAGGACCAGGAGGACGACGAUGUGCAUAUCAAGGAUGAGCCGCAGGAUGCGCCCGCUGAAGCCGCCAAUCCCUAGAUCGCGUACGCAUGUGUGUUCACAUUUUCGUUUAAGUUCAUGUUCAUAUUUUUAAGCUAACUGCAGGCCCAAUAUGCAUAUAUGUACUGUAUGGCUUUUGCAGCCCAAACCUUGGGUUAGAGAUAUGUAAAAAGUCUUAUGCGGAACACGGUUUUGCGUGUUCACUGUCAAAACG